AUGCUUACUAUGUCUCACAUCGUAUUAACUGACCAUAGUCGGCAGAAAGUAGUACUACAUCUGCUAGUCGAUUUAUCAUUAUUCAAUGAAGAAAAUACGGGCUGCAUUGGCUCCACUAAAAAAAAUGAGAAAAGCUGCGAGAGUGUGUAUGAAGAAAAGAUCUUCAGGGAAUCUGCCGUGGGUUUUGAACCUCUUACUGUGUUGACUUUUAGCGACGGCGGCGACGGCGGCAUACUAGUGUGCACCAAUAUAGACGGCCCUUUCUGUCGGGAGCUCAGAAAUGGAAAGCAGGCUGUUAAUGCUAAGGAUAUCACAAAUCCCUCGCCCUUCGAUGAUCAUGACUCUCCUAGUGGCGUCCCUUGUAAAUUUCCGUAUCGUAAACCACUAUACCCAAAACACUUUCCUCGGGUUCCACAAACAUAUCCAGAUCUGGUCAUUCCUACCUCUUCGAUCAUUCUUUACUUUGUCAAGAGAUUUUUCUUCCUGAUAUACAGGAGUCUCAGCGGCCUCAGCUCAACAAAAACUACAUGUAGUACUGCUGCCUCACGUCAUCAAGUUUUGGAGCCAUUUCUUAGUCUGUUGAUCGUUUUUACGAUCGCUCACAUAUUUUCCAGGACGUACCUUACUUUAGCAGGCGGAUCAGGCGUAAACAGCGGAUUGAGCCUUACUUAUAACCGCCGCAACUCAUAA